AUACUCCUGUUGUGAUCUGACCUGGAUCUCUGAUCUGUGGGCCCCUCGUCUAUGGCACUAUUGAGCUGGAAACCAUCCACCCUCACUUUUAGCAGCCAGAUUGUGAUACCAGGACUGAAGACAAAGAGUGUUGUCUGAAGGAAAAUGUUUCUGAGGAUUUGAAAUCACAGGCAGAAAUAUCAGAAAACUGUGCAGGUGAUGUUUCCCAGGUGGCUGAGUUUGAAGAACUCUGUGAGGACCUAAUAGAAAGGGGCAGGAGGAUCCCUGCACAGCAUCUCCACCAGAAGCGGGGCUUCACACCGGUGACGGUGCUCCUUCAGGAUCCCUUAAGGGAGAAAGUUCUGGAUUGUCAUAGUUUUGAUCAAAGCUUUAAUCUGAGCCAAAGCUUGAUGGCAUAUCAGGGAGUCCCUAUGGAAGAGAGGCCACAUCUGUAUGACGCAUAUGGCCUUGACGCCUUCCAGCACAUUGAAGACCUAACUGAUUGUGAGGGUGUUCCCACAAGUGAAAGCCCAUUCAUAUGUAAUGGGUGUGGAAAAACCUUCAGAGGAAACCUUGACCUUAUUCAGCAUCAGAUAGCCAAUGCUGGAGAGAAGUCCUUUAUGUGUAAUGAAUGUGGGAAAUCCUUCAGCCAGAACUCAGUUCUUAAAAACCAUCAGCCAUCUCUUGUGAGUAUGAGAGCCUACCAGUGCAGUGAAUGCGGGAAAGCCUUUCGUGAGUGUGCAGACCUUGCUAGGCAUCAGGUUCAUCACAGCAGCGAGAGGCCUUAUGUGUGUAAUGAAUGUGGAAAAGCCUUCAGCCAGAACUCAAGCCUUAAAAAGCACCAAAAGUCUCACAUAAGUGAGAAGCCCUAUGAAUGCAAUGAGUGUGGAAAGGCUUUUAGGCGGAGCUCAAACCUUAUCCAACACCAGAGAAUCCAUUCUGGGGAGAAACUGUAUGUGUGUGACAAAUGUGGGAAGGCCUUUAGGCGGAGCUCAAACCUCAUUAAACACCACAGGAUUCACACAGGGGAGAAGCCUUUUGAGUGUGGGGAAUGCAGGAAGGCCUUCAGCCAGAGUGCACAUCUCAGAAAGCAUCAGAGGGUUCACACUGGAGAGAAACCUUACGAAUGUAAUGAUUGUGGCAAACCAUUCAGUCGAGUGUCCAACCUCAUUAAGCAUCACAGGGUUCACACUGGGGAGAAACCUUACAAGUGCAAUGACUGUGGGAAAGCAUUUAGUCAGAGUUCCAGUCUUAUUCAGCAUCAAAGAAUUCACACUGGAGAAAAGCCUCACGUGUGCAAUGUGUGUGGAAAAGCCUUUAGUUACAGUUCAGUGCUCAGGAAGCACAAGAUAAUCCACACAGGAGAGAAGCCGUAUGGAUGUAGUGUCUGCGGGAAGGCCUUCAGCCACAGCUCCGCUCUCAUCCAGCACCAGGGCGUGCACACUGGCGACAAGCCCUACGAGUGCCACGAAUGUGGGAAGACCUUUCGACGCAGCUCCAAUCUCAUCCUUCACCAGCGAGUCCACACUGGAGAGAAACCCUAUGAGUGUACCGAAUGUGGAAAAACUUUCAGCCAGAGCUCAACUCUCAUUCAGCACCAGAGGAUCCAUAAUGGUUUGAAACCCCAUGAGUGUAACCAGUGUGGUAAAGCCUUCAACCGAAGCUCAAAUCUUAUUCACCACCAGAAAGUUCACACUGGGGAGAAGCCCUACACAUGUGUUGAAUGUGGUAAAGGCUUCAGGCAGAGCUCACACCUUAUUCAACAUCAGAUAAUCCACACUGGUGAGAGGCCGUAUAAAUGCAGUGAGUGUGGAAAAGCCUUCAGCCAGCGUUCAGUUCUAAUCCAGCACCAAAGAAUUCACACUGGGGUAAAGCCCUAUGACUGCACUACUUGUGGGAAAGCUUUCAGCCAGCGGUCAAAGUUAAUUAAACACCAGUUGAUUCACACAAGAGAGUAGUCUAUGGGCUGGGAAGAAUGAAAUCAAACCAUGCUCCUUUCAGACUCCUCUGGCCUUUACCUCAGCCUCUACACCUGCCCAGACCUGAAACCCAGGCUCAUUCAACCUCUUCCACACACGUUCAGCCACUGCAGCACCUGGAUCCCUCCUCAGAAUCACCCUUUACAGGCUCCCUUCCCCUGCCACUGCUCCACCUCAUGUGAUCUCUUGUGAUGUUAUUCUGUAUCACUCGCUUGCUGCACUGUGAAGUUACUAUUUUCCACUUUGUAAUUAAGUAUUUUCUGGAAAGAGACUUUGAAUCUAUAGACAACCUGUUUUUCAUCAGUUUUUAUCACCAUUUAGAUCUCUGGAUGAUUCGUGCUUCUAAUUCUGAUACCAAAGGAAGAGAUUUGUCUUCUCCAUUUAUUUAUUCAUUUAUGUAGUAUGGACUCACUGAUUCCUAUAUGUACAAUGAGUUCCAGUUUGUUACUUUUCUCAUUUAUUGAGCUCCUCAGAUUGUCCCAGGUUUGGCCACUGCAGGCCAUUCAGGCUGUUCUCAGGUCCUUUUGACAUUCUUCAUUUGUUAGCACUGCCUUUGCUUUCUGGCACAGUAAACUGUUCCAAGCUCAUUCUAUAUGUUCCUUCCCCCAGCUAUAGAAUAAGUUCUUUUCCCAAGAAGUCCUGGGGUUUUUGUGGAGAAGGUUUUGGAAAGCAAGACCUGAGUGCUGGAUGUGUGCAUUGUUACCAGACACUAACUCCUAAGGCCUUUCAGCAGAAAGCUAGGUAACAGAUGUGUGUGUGCUUACACAUACACACCAUCUUGUAGAAACUCCCACACCUGUCAGUAUAUUAAAAAUCACCAGUUCAGUUUCACCACAGAGCUUAUUCUACUCUUCCCUUUUCCCUAACAACCUAGCCUUUUUUUAAAAAACAGAAAUAUGGUUCCUAUUAUCUUCAGUAUAUUUACUGAAUAUUUUUGCUCAGUCCUAGACUAUACUAAUAGUCUCAGAAUUGUUAAUCCAUAAUCAUUGUAAAAACAUAUUGAUUGCUCAUUGUUUGUCUACAAGUCUUCUAUUGGUUUGAGGCUAUACACUCAAUAUACCAUGGUCAAGCCAGACUUGGUGGCGCACACCUGUGAUCCCAGCACUUGGGAGGCUGAGGCAGGAGGAUCACCAUGAGUUCAUGGCCAGCCUGGGCUACAUAAUGAGUUGAAGGCCAGCCUAAACUACAGAGUAAAAUCCUGUCUCAAAAAACAAACAAAAAAACCCCCAAAAUACUAUGUUAAAAAUAUCCUUGAGUCUUGGUUUUGUCUUUUUUCUCCUUCACAGUGGGUAGGUUUGUUUUUGUUGUGUUCCAUAUUAAUGGUUUCCUAUCUUGUCAGUUUCCUUUUUUAUAGGCUAGUGAGUCAAUUUUUAAACCAUAAAACUUCUUCAAAAGGACUUUAGGAAAACAGAGACAUAAAUGGCGAAGUCUUAUUCAUUCUUAGACAUAAUAUCUUUGGGGGCAGGGAUAUUUGAUUUGGUACUGGGGAUCGAACUCAGGACCUUGCACUUUCGAGGCAGGUGCCGUGCCACUGAGCUAAAUCCCCAGCCCAGGUGUUUUGUUUUUUGAGACAGGGUCUUGCUUUGUAGUUCAGGCUGGCCUUGAACUCACUAUGUAGCCCAGUAUGGCCUCAUGGCAAUCCUUCUGCCUCAGUUUCCCAAGUGCUGGGAUUACAAGUGUGCACUCCCACACCUGGUGACGCAAUGUCUUGAGGGUUAAAAUUUUUCCUAAAUUUUCCAUGGAUUCAGUACAGCCUCAGUCAAAAUAUGAAUAGAAAUAAUUUGGGAACUAAUCCAAAUUAUCCUGAGUAGCAAGUCUCUUAACAUUUGUUUAGUAGCAAAUAAAGACAUCCAUUCAACUAACAUUAAGUUAGAUGAGGAAUUUUUUUUUUUUUUUGUACCAGGGAUCAAACUUGGAACCUUGUGCUUGUGAGGCAGGUGGCAGCACCACUGAGCUAAAUCCCUGCCCCUAGAUGAGGAAUUUAUUGGAGAGCUGUAGACAAACCCACUUUAUGCCACUGAGAACAGUGGAGCACGGA